GCAGUAGGACCCAGCGCGCCCCCGCCGUGGCAGGGGAGGGGCGAGAGCCACAGACCCGCCGCGCCGGAGCUCCGCAGCCGGCGGGACCAGACGGGCUGAGGCGAGUGUGUGUGGGCGCACGGGGACAGCAGCUGCGGUCCGGCGCGAGCACGGUCAUCCUCUCGGUGAGGCGCCGGACCUGACUCAGGGAACACACGAACUUCAUCAUGGGAGCUGUAGUAGCUGAUGAUGGUCCAUCUGGUGUUAAAGCCCCUGAUGGAGGCUGGGGUUGGGCUGUCCUUUUUGGCUGUUUUAUCAUCACAGGAUUCUCCUAUGCCUUUCCUAAGGCAGUCAGUGUUUUCUUUAAAGAACUUAUCCGGGAAUUUGGCAUUGGAUAUAGUGACACUGCAUGGAUUUCCUCCAUUCUGCUGGCCAUGCUUUAUGGAACAGGUCCACUGUGUAGUGUAUGUGUCAACCGCUUUGGCUGUCGUCCUGUCAUGCUGGUGGGUGGCCUUUUUGCCUCCAUGGGGAUGGUGAUAGCUUCCUUCUGUACAAGCAUCAUUCAGAUCUAUCUCACUGCAGGUGUGAUUACUGGUUUGGGUCUGGCACUAAACUUUCAGCCUUCGCUCAUCAUGUUAAACCGUUACUUUGACAAACGCCGGCCCUUGGCCAACGGGCUCUCUGCUGCUGGGAGUCCAGUGUUUCUUUGUGCUCUAUCACCGCUGGGGCAGAUACUACAACAUGAGUAUGGUUGGAGAGGAGGAUUCCUUAUACUGGGUGGGAUGCUGCUCAACUGCUGUGUAUGUGGAGCACUAAUGAGACCUUUGGAGCCACCCAAAAAGUCUGAAGCUACCAAAGAGCCAGCUGAGAAGAAAGUGAAGAAAAAACUUCUGGAUUUCAGUGUGUUUAAAGAUGGUGGCUUUGUAAUCUAUGCCCUAGCAGCAUCUAUCAUGGUGCUUGGCCUCUUUGUUCCCCCAGUUUUUGUUGUGAGUUACGCCAAGGAUUUAGGCUAUCAAGACACCAAAGCAGCUUUUCUUCUGACUAUUCUGGGAUUCAUUGAUAUCUUUGCUCGGCCUAUUUGUGGAAUGGUAGCUGGUCUUAAAUGGGUUAGACCACGCUGUGUCUACCUCUUCAGUUUUGCUAUGAUUUUCAAUGGUUUCACAGAUCUCAUGGGUUCGAUGUCUGUUGAUUAUAGUGGACUGGUGGUCUUUUGCAUUUUCUUUGGCAUUUCUUAUGGAAUGGUAGGUGCUCUUCAGUUUGAAGUUCUCAUGGCUAUUGUUGGUACUCAGAAGUUUUCCAGUGCCAUCGGUUUAGUACUCCUGGCAGAAGCUAUGGCUGUUCUAAUUGGUCCACCAUCAGCAGGAAAACUCCUGGAUGCAACAGGGAGGUACAUGUUUGUAUUCAUUAUUGCUGGAAUUGAAGUUACGACCUCAGCACUUGUACUGGCCUUGGGAAAUUUCUUCUGCAUUAAGAAAAAAUCAGAAGAAACACAUACAAAAGAAGAAGCAGCAGAAAGAGAGGAAUUAAACAAAUCUGAAGACAAAACUCCUGAAGAUGCCAAGGUGGACUCUAUUGAAGUGGAGCAAUUUCUGAAAGAUGAGCCUGAAAAAAAUGGCGAAGUUGUAACUAACCCAGAAACAUGUGUGUGAGCAUGACAGGGAAUUGAAAAGUGUUUAGAAAAGAAAGAUUUCCAACACUAUUUAUUUUAGAAACAGAACUAGUUUAGGGCUGGGCCAUCUGCUUUAGUAACUGGAAGCUAGUCAGCUCAUCAGAUCUCUUUGGAAGCUGAUUAGCUGGACAACUUAUUGGAAAACCAGCUUUAUCAGUAAAAAGUGGAACAAUGUGAUUAUACUUUUUAUGUAAACUAAAAAGCUUUUAUAAACACAAGUAGGCUCUUGCUAUGCAUCACCAGAAACUGCUCACUUGGAAGAGAUAUAGGAAAAGUAUAUUUUAAGAAAAGUGGACUUAUAUGUAUGUUUUCAAACAAUACUGAUGAAAUCGCUGUGUUGUGUGGCUAAAUAUAAUUUCCCUGUGUUCUUUGUGAAGGGAAAAGAGUUUGAGAAGGAGAAAAAUCUCAGGAACUUAACGGUCUCCAUUAGGUUUUUGAAUUUCUUACUUUUUUAGAUUUUUUAGAUUAAGUGGCUCAGUCCUAAUUUAAUUUUGAUAAUAUCUGUAACUUUGACUUAUGUAAAUGUACUUCUGAGUUCUGUCUAAACCUGUAACCUUUGUAAUUAUCA